UGCGAGCAGCGAAGGUUCCGGAGCGGGGCUGUGUUCGAGACGUCCAUCUUCCCGUUUGCACUUGACCGAAGUAAUCAAAGCCUAACAGGGGAGACUGGAGCCAGUCACUUUAGCUCAGAUAUCUGGGAACGUUUUUUUUUGCAUCGUACAAGACAUUCUGGGACUUGUGGUUUCGCUUCGGGAAACGGACUCAGAGACUGACAGCUGCCGGAAGUGAGGCUGCGGGGGAAUGGCAGCCGCGGAGACCAUGGCUGCUGCUGCCCGGGAGCUGGUGUUGCGGGCUGGGACCUCAGAUAUGGAGGAGGAGGAGGGCCCGCUGGGGGCUGGUUCUGGACUCCAAGAGCCCCUGCAGCUGGGAGAGUUGGAUAUUACCUCUGAUGAAUUCAUCCUGGAUGAAGUGGAUGUUCACAUCCAGGCAAAUCUGGAGGAUGAGUUAGUGAAGGAAGCUCUCCGAACGGGUGUGGAUCUUCGACACUACUCAAAGCAGGUGGAGCUGGAGCUGCAGCAGAUCGAGCAGAAAUCCAUCCGAGACUAUAUCCAAGAGAGUGGAAACAUAGCGUCUCUGCACAGUCAGAUCACGGCCUGCGAUGCUGUCCUGGAGCGCAUGGAGCAGAUGCUGGGAGCUUUUCAGAGCGACCUCAGCUCCAUCAGCUCCGAGAUCCGCAUCCUGCAGGAGCAGUCGGGAGCCAUGAACAUCCGGCUUCGUAACCGCCAAGCGGUUCGGGGAAAACUUGGGGAACUUGUAGAUGGGCUCGUGGUGCCCUCCACUCUGGUCACGGCAAUUCUGGAAGCUCCAGUGACAGAGCCCAGGUUCCUGGAGCAGCUGCAGGAGCUGGAUGCUAAGGCAGCUGCGGUCAGAGAGCAGGAGGCCAGAGGCACAGCUGCCUGUGCAGACGUCAGAGGCGUGCUGGACCGGCUCCGCGUCAAGGCCGUGACAAAGAUCCGGGAGUUCAUUCUGCAGAAGAUUUACUCCUUCCGAAAGCCGAUGACCAACUAUCAGAUCCCACAGACGGCCCUGCUGAAGUACAGGUUUUUCUAUCAGUUCCUGCUGGGCAAUGAGCGAGCGACAGCCAAGGAGAUCAGGGAUGAGUACGUGGAGACGCUGAGCAAGAUCUACCUGUCCUACUACCGCUCCUACCUGGGGCGGCUCAUGAAAGUGCAGUACGAGGAAGUUGCCGAGAAAGACGAUCUAAUGGGUGUGGAAGACACAGCAAAGAAAGGAUUCUUCUCGAAGCCGUCCCUCCGAAGCAGGAACACCAUCUUUACCCUGGGUACCCGGGGUGCCGUCAUCUCCCCCACUGAACUUGAGGCCCCCAUCCUGGUGCCCCACACUGCCCAGCGUGGAGAGCAGAGGUAUCCGUUUGAAGCUCUUUUCCGCAGCCAGCAGUAUGCCCUCCUCGACAAUUCUUGCCGUGAAUAUCUUUUCAUCUGUGAGUUUUUUGUUGUAUCUGGCCCAGCUGCACACGACCUAUUCCACGCUGUCAUGGGCCGCACACUCACCAUGACGCUGAAACACCUGGAGUCCUACCUGGCCGACUGCUAUGACGCCAUUGCUGUCUUCCUCUGCAUCCACAUCGUUCUCCGAUUCCGCAACAUCGCGGCCAAGAGGGACGUCCCUGCUCUGGACAGGUACUGGGAGCAGGUGCUUGCCUUGCUGUGGCCUCGCUUUGAGCUGAUCCUGGAGAUGAAUGUGCAGAGCGUCCGCAGCACUGACCCCCAGCGCCUUGGGGGCCUUGACACGCGGCCGCACUAUAUUACACGCCGCUACGCCGAGUUCUCGUCUGCGCUGGUCAGCAUCAACCAGACCAUCCCCAAUGAGCGCACGCUGCAGCUGCUGGGACAGCUACAGGUGGAAGUGGAGAAUUUUGUCCUCCGAGUGGCAGCAGAGUUCUCCUCCCGGAAGGAGCAGCUUGUGUUUCUGAUCAACAACUAUGACAUGAUGCUGGGUGUGCUGAUGGAGCGUGCUGCUGACGACAGCAAAGAGGUGGAGAGCUUCCAGCAGCUGCUCAAUGCCCGGACACAGGAGUUCAUCGAAGAGUUGCUGUCUCCCCCCUUCGGGGGUCUGGUGGCAUUUGUGAAGGAGGCUGAAGCUUUGAUUGAGCGAGGACAGGCCGAGCGACUUCGAGGGGAAGAAGCCCGAGUCACGCAGCUGAUCCGAGGCUUCGGCAGUUCCUGGAAGUCCUCAGUGGAGUCCCUGAGCCAGGAUGUCAUGCGGAGCUUCACCAACUUCCGCAACGGGACCAGCAUCAUCCAGGGGGCUCUGACCCAGCUGAUCCAGCUCUACCAUCGCUUCCACCGGGUGCUGUCCCAGCCGCAGCUCCGGGCGCUCCCCGCCAGGGCUGAGCUCAUCAACAUCCACCACCUCAUGGUGGAGCUCAAGAAACACAAGCCCAACUUCUGAUUCGGAUCCACGCCCUUACCCGUGCCUCCCUUUCCCGGCCUUGUCUCCGAGGCUCCCACACUCGUCACGCAGCCUCCGUGUGAGGACUGCCUCAGCGCAGUGUGUCCCAGGCCACUUCUCCCGAGGCUGCUGAGGUGACCUUCGUUCCCCCGUCCUGUCACCUUACCUCCUGCCCUGUUCACUCAGCCUAUGAGCUUCCACCGCCUCAGUCCCCUACUGGCUCUCAGCUCGUAGGGCAGAGCAGUGCAGGCCGCCCUGACCUGUGGCUUGCUGACAGGCUCCACUGGAACACUGAGCCGUCACCUCCUGGGGGUCCCUCAUCAGUCCUUAGGCAACAAUAAGUGCCUGAUGUGCUAUGACCAUUUCCUCUUCGUUCCAGGCCUCUGAUUGGUUCUCCUGCACCUCUUACUGUAGCCCUUUCUAGUUCCCACCCUGGUUGGCGUCAGGGAGGGAGGUGGGGGAGCAGCCUCUGGCGUGCUGCUGCUUCCGGCACAGGGGCGGCAGAGCUGGCCAGGAGGGGACCGUUUGUAGCUCCCAGGAAGGUGGCUCAUGCCUGGAGGCCUGAGGGCUACCAUGGGAAAAGUCCACCCUGACUCUGAGGUGGUCUGCCUCGGCCCCUAAGCAGCUGUCACAGCUCCUCUGGGUGGAGGGCCUGCAGCACCCGUACAUUGGCCAACUGCUGGGCCUGGCUUGUUAGUUACAGCAAGACCCUUCCUGCUGCCCCACUACGUGCCAGGCUUGAAGGCUCUACAUCAGCGGUUCUCAAGCUUCCUAGUGCUGCGUCCCUUUAAUACAGUUCCUCAUGCCGUGACCCAGCCAUAAAAUUAUAUUGUAUGCUGAUUGCCACUUCAUAA